AUGUCACUAUUCACAGGAAUUCUCCAGAGCCAAGCUCCCCCGAAGCAAGAUGCGACCUCAACCAUCCAGACACUAUGCCUGCGAUUAUCAACAAGUACAUUAUUGGAAGACCGGAGAGCGGCGAUUCAAGGGCUGCGCAGCUUUGCAAGGGAGUACAAAGAGACUGUUGCAUCAGGAGGAUUGAGAGGGUUGAUUGGGACAUUGAGCAAGGAUGCGGAAGAUGUCGACACUAUCAAAGUAGUGUUGGAAACACUGCUGUUGCUGUUUGUUAAAGAUGAAUCAAAUCCGGAAUCUUCAGAAGAUAUAGCAUUGUGGCUCACCGAUGAGUUCACUCAGAAGCAAGAAAAUAUCACGGUGCUGAUCGAUCUCCUACAAGAUAGUGAUUUUUACAUCCGUCUGUACACGCUACAGCUUCUGGUCGCAAUUCUUAAUAAUCGACCAUCAAGAACUCAAGAAUGUAUCCUCACAGCUCCACUGGGGAUUUCCCGUCUUGUCUCAAUUCUUGACGAUAAGCGGGAUGCAAUCAGAAAUGAGGGUAUCCUGUUGAUAAUAAACCUUUCCUCUGGUCAUACUGAUAUCCAGAAGCUCAUUGCCUUCGAGAAUGCGUUUGAAAAGGCCUUCUAUAUAAUCGACUCUGAAGGUGGUAUUGACGGUGGUAUCGUAGCGCAAGACUGCCUACAGCUGCUAUCAAAUUUACUGUCGUAUAAUGUGUCCAAUCAGAGCUUUUUCAGAGAGACCGGCUGUGUUCCUAAGCUAGCAAAGCUGUUUGAGUUCGAUCAAAGAGAUGUAGCACCGUACGCGAAAGACCAGAGGGACACUAAUGUUCAAUAUGCGACGAGGGUUGUGAGAUUAUUUGUUGUUCCAGGGGGGUUGGGGACUGCUGCAAAUCAAAUGGCGUUUUUCAAUGCGGGGAUCUUGCACUUGAUGCUGAUAAUCGCAUUUUCGGCUUUCAGCGAUUAUCCAACUCGGGCUGAGGCCUUGAAAGCAGUUGCCGAUUUGAUCCACGAAAACGACGUCCUCCAAGAGAACUUUGCACAAAUGAAGGUUACUUAUCUAGAUCCCACCGUUCCACCUGAAGUUCAGAUACAGCAGUUCAAACCGGAUGAUAUGUGCUAUGUUAUUGAGGGUUUACUGGACCUAGCAUUGUUGACUUCAUCAAUCAAUGCGUUUGAUGCAAGAUUGGCUGCCUGUCGGUGUCUUGAAUCCUACUUCGCUGGGAACCAACCAGUGCGAUUGCAUUUCCUGAAUCACGCCAUUAAUCUACAUAUGAAUGAAGACCCAUCUGCGAAUAUCCUCACAUGCCUGAUAAACCUCGACUCGGAUUCUCGCGGUGAUCCGUAUCGUGUCUGGCUUGCAAGUGUCAUCUUUUUGCAUCUUGUCUAUGAUGAUGAGGAAGCUAAGGCACUUGCAACCUCCGUCACUGAAGGCGAUGCCGAGGCUGGCGAAGAGGUUGUUUCGGCGAUCCAGAGUAUAUCUGCCAAUUUGGUUGCUGCUUUGGAACACAACUAUGAUCCGCGAAUAAUCGUUGGUUAUCUGAUGCUGUUGUGCGUGUGGCUAUAUGAAGAUUCGCCAGCAGUUGAUGACUUCUUAACGGAAGGGUCAAGUGUACAGUCGUUGGUCUCGGCGGUGAAGCAGAGUAGUAAUUCGAAUGUGUUGGUGCAAGGAUUGUGUGCAUUCUUCUUGGGGAUUUUAUAUGAGUUCAGUCAUAAGGAUUCGCCCAUUCCCCGAGCCACACUACAUCCUAUAUUAGCUAGUCGUAUGGGGCGAGAUCAUUACCUUAAUAAAGUCACAAAGUUGCGGGAAAAUCCUCGUGUACGGGACUUUGAAGUUUUUAUGGAAGUCCCCAUGAGCAGAAGGGGAAGCGGGCUUCCAGAUGUGUUUUUCGAUCACACCUUUAUCGACUUUCUAAAGGAUAAUUAUAGUCGAAUACUACGAGCCAUUGACAAAGACCCAUCAGAAGCACACACAGGCUCGAAUGGCAAAUCAAACGGGAUUUCUGCAGAAAUGCUAGAAUCACUCAAAACACAGCUUGAAGAGAAAGAGGAAGAGCUUUCACAACUGCAGACCACAAUUUUGACCCUCGAGCAGCGAGUAACGCAAGAACAACACGAGGUGCAAAGAACAAAAGAGGUAGCUGCAGCAGAACUGCACCGACAGAGGGAAGCAACGGAAGUGUUACGGCGGAAACAUGAAGCCGAUGCUACCGCUGUUGCUGAGCGAAAUAGAGCUGCCGUUGCAGAAAUCCAGCGUAUUAGAUGGGAGGCAGAGCAAGCAGCACGGGAGAACAUGGCAUUGAAGAGGCGAGUGGGCGAGCUUGAAAAUGAGUUGAAAAGAAGGGUGGCAGAGCUAGAGGGACAACUGAAGAAGAAAGUAGCGGAGAUGGAGAGCCUGAUGAAGAAGAGAACCGCGGAACUAGAGGCUGAGAUUGAUAAGACGAAGAGGGAGACGAAUUUACAGCUUAGGAUGGCGACCGAAGACCACCAAGCCGCAAUUUCCGAAGUAGAGACUCGAGUUAAGAGAGCAGAGAUCGCUCUUAAUGAAGCACAGAUUAAGGAGAGGGAAGCGGCGACCAGGGCACAGACCGCUGAAGCGGCAGUCGCGGCUGCAGAGAGUAGAACCAAAGAAGCUGUGGAAAACGUACAUGCUGCAGACCAAGCGCUUAAGGCAGCCAACGACACAGCUAAGGCUGCCGAGGAAAGGGCUAUGGCGGCAGAAGAUAUAGCCAGAUCGGCCGAAGAAAAAGUUAAGACUGCAUCAGAUGCAUCCAGAGCAGCCAACGAGAAAGUGACAGCUGCAGAGGAGUACCUAAGACUCUCAGAAGAAAAGGUAAGGCUUUUAAAAGAGAGAGAGCAGGUAUUGGAAGAGAAAGUGGUUGCGAUGAUGGAGAAAGUCAGAGCUGCAGAGGAGUUAGCGGAAUCAUUGGAGGAAGGAAUGAAGGAGAAAGUCCGGAUUGCAGAGGAGUCAACGAAAUCGCUGGAGGAAGAAAUGAAGGAAAAGGUCCGGGUUUCAGAGGAGUCAGCGAAAUCGUUGGAGGAAGAAAUGAAGGAGAAAGUCCGGGUUGCAGAGGAGUCAGCGAAAUCAUUAGAGGAAAAAAUGAAGGAGAAGUUAAAGGCAUCAGAAGAAGCCAUAACCGCAGCCAACUCAAAGGCAGCUGCUGCUGAGGAGCGCCUACAGACUGCAGAGGAGAAUAAGAGAAUUGCAGAAGAGGAGCUCAAGGCGGUAGAGGAGAAAACCAAUAUCGCGCAGGAGAAAGCACAGGCCGCAGAAGAGGAAGCCAGAGUUGCAAACGAAAAGGCAGCGGCUGCAGAAGAGAGAGCAACAGCUGCAGAAGAGAAGAUCAAAGUCUUGGAAGAGAGCGCAAAGUCGGGUGACGGAAAGGCCCAGGAACGACUCCACGCCGCAGAAAACACGGCAAAAACAGUGACCGAGAAGAUCAAAGCCAUCGAGGACCAGCUUAAGUCUUCGGAAGAGGAGAAGAAGAGGGCGGAUGAAGAAGCCAAGAAGGCUCGGGCAAACGCGACAGAAGCGGAGGAGAGGAUCAGCACGGCGGAGGAGCAGGCCAAGACUGCCAAAAAGGAGAAGGAUGAUGUGCAGACACAACUGGAGGACCUUCUCAUGGUGCUAACAGAUCUCGAAGAGAAGCGGAAGAAUGAUAAGGAACGGUUGAAAGCCUUGGGACAGGAGGUUUCAGACGAUGAAGAUGAUGGCGAUGAAGAAGAAGAUGACGAUGAAGAAGAAGAUGACGAUGAAGUCGAGUAG